CCCGCCCUCCGUUCCGUUGCUGCUGCCGCCCGGCAAGAUGCCGAUGCCUGAGCCCUGUGAGCUGGAAGAGAGGUUCGCCCUGGUGUUGAGCUCCAUGAACCUGCCUCCCGACAAGGCCCGGCUCCUGAGGCAGUAUGACAACGAGAAGAAGUGGGAUCUGAUUUGUGACCAGGAACGAUUCCAGGUGAAGAAUCCUCCCCACACUUAUAUCCAGAAACUCCAGAGCUUCUUGGACCCUAGUGUAACUCGGAAGAAGUUCAGGAGGAGAGUGCAGGAGUCAACCAAAGUACUGAGAGAGCUGGAGAUCUCCCUUCGCACCAACCACAUUGGGUGGGUGAGGGAGUUUCUGAAUGGUGAAAACAAAGGCCUGGAUGUGCUGGUGGAUUACCUGUCCUUUGCACAAUGUUCUGUCAUGUUUGACUUUGAGGGUCUGGAGAGUGGUGAUGAUGGUGCAUUUGACAAGCUCCGGUCCUGGAGCAGGUCAAUCGAGGACCUGCAGCCACCCAGCGCCCUUUCGGCCCCCUUCACCAACAGCCUCGCUCGCUCUGCGCGCCAGUCUGUGCUCCGGUAUAGCACUCUCCCUGGACGCAGGGCCCUGAAGAACUCCCGCCUGGUGAGCCAGAAGGAUGAUGUCCACGUUUGCAUCCUUUGUCUCCGAGCCAUCAUGAACUACCAGUAUGGCUUCAAUCUGGUCAUGUCCCACCCCCAUGCUGUCAAUGAGAUUGCACUUAGCCUCAACAACAAGAAUCCAAGGACCAAAGCCCUGGUCUUGGAGCUCCUGGCAGCUGUGUGUUUGGUGCGGGGAGGUCAUGAAAUCAUCCUUGCUGCCUUUGAUAAUUUCAAAGAGGUGUGCAAGGAGCUGCACCGCUUUGAGAAGCUGAUGGAGUAUUUCCGGAAUGAGGAUAGCAACAUUGACUUCAUGGUGGCCUGCAUGCAGUUCAUCAACAUUGUGGUGCACUCUGUGGAGGACAUGAACUUCCGGGUCCACCUGCAGUAUGAGUUCACCAAGCUGGGGCUGGAGGAGUUCCUGCAGUCAAGGCACACAGAGAGCGAGAAGCUGCAGGUGCAGAUCCAGGCAUAUCUGGACAACGUGUUUGAUGUGGGGGGUUUGUUGGAGGAUGCUGAGACCAAGAAUGUAGCCUUGGAAAAGGUGGAGGAGCUGGAGGAGCAUGUAUCUCACCUCACAGAGAAGCUUCUAGACAUGGAGAAUGAGAACAUGAUGAGGGUAGCAGAGCUAGAAAAGCAACUGCUCCAGCGGGAGAAGGAACUGGAGAACAUCAAGGAGACGUAUGAGAACACAAGCCACCAGGUGCACACCCUGAGGAGGCUCAUUAAGGAGAAGGAAGAGGCCUACCAGCGCCGAUGCCACCUGGAGCCAAGUGUCCGAGGCCUGGAGUCCAUGGCAGGAGAGGCCCUGGCCAGGGUAGGCCUUGCAGAACCGAGUGAGGGUGGACCAGCCUCUGACCUGGACCUUCUGGCUCCGGGCCCACCUGCCGGGGAGCCUCUUCCUCAGCCUCCACCCCCAGCUCCUCCCUUGCCGCCACCCCCUCCCCCAUUACCAGACAAGUGUCCCCCAGCUCCACCUCUCCCUGGCGCUGCUCCUUCUGUGGUCUUGACAGUGGGCCUGUCGGCCAUUCGCAUUAAGAAACCUAUCAAGACCAAGUUCCGGCUACCAGUCUUCAACUGGACAGCCCUGAAACCCAAUCAGAUCAGUGGCACUGUCUUUAGCGAACUCGAUGAUGAGAAGAUCUUGGAGGACUUGGAUCUAGACAAGUUUGAGGAAUUAUUUAAGACGAAAGCACAGGGGCCUGCCCUUGACCUCAUCUGCUCCAAGAACAAGACCGCGCAGAAGGCUGCCAGCAAGGUGACACUGUUGGAAGCCAACCGUGCAAAGAACCUGGCCAUCACUCUGCGCAAGGCUGGCCGCUCAGCUGAAGAGAUAUGCAGAGCCAUCCACAUGUUUGAUCUCCAGACACUGCCCGUGGACUUCGUGGAGUGCCUGAUGCGAUUUCUGCCCACGGAGGCUGAGGUGAAGCUGCUGCGGCAGUAUGAGCGUGAGCGGCAGCCCCUGGAAGAACUGGCGGCUGAGGACCGCUUCAUGCUGCUGUUCAGCAAGGUGGAGCGGCUGACCCAACGAAUGGCUGGCAUGGCCUUCCUGGGCAACUUUCAGGACAACCUGCAGAUGCUCACACCGCAACUCAAUGCCAUCAUUGCAGCCUCUGCCUCUGUCAAGUCCUCGCAGAAGCUGAAGCAGAUGCUGGAGAUCAUACUUGCUCUGGGGAACUAUAUGAACAGCAGCAAGCGAGGCGCUGUGUAUGGCUUCAAGCUGCAGAGCUUGGAUUUGCUUCUGGAUACGAAGUCCACUGACCGGAAGAUGACACUACUGCAUUUCAUUGCCUUGACGGUGAAGGAAAAAUACCCAGAUCUGGCCAACUUCUGGCAUGAGCUGCACUUUGUAGAGAAAGCUGCAGCAGUGUCCCUGGAGAACGUGCUGCUAGACGUGAAGGAGCUGGGCCGGGGCAUGGAGCUGAUUCGGCGGGAAUGCAGCAUUCAUGACAACAGUGUCCUUCGGAGCUUCCUCAGCACCAACGAAGGCAAACUGGACAAGCUCCAGCGUGAUGCCAAGACAGCUGAGGAAGCCUACAAUGCAGUUGUGUGCUACUUUGGCGAGAGUCCCAAGACCACACCUCCUUCUGUAUUCUUUCCAGUAUUUGUCCGAUUCAUUCGUUCCUACAAGGAAGCAGAACAAGAAAAUGAAGCCCGUAAGAAGCAGGAGGAGGUAAUGCGGGAGAAGCAGCUGGCUCAGGAAGCCAAGAAGCUGGAUGCCAAGACCCCAUCCCAGCGGAACAAGUGGCAACAGCAGGAGCUAAUUGCAGAGUUGAGGCGGCGCCAGGCUAAGGAGCACCGGCCUGUUUAUGAGGGGAAGGAUGGAACCAUUGAGGACAUCAUCACAGUGCUGAAGAGUGUCCCUUUCACGGCCCGUACUGCCAAGCGGGGCUCACACUUCUUCUGCGAUGCAGCCCACCAUGAUGAAUCAAACUGUUAACCCCCAAGGCUGGGACCCCUGACAGGCCUCCAGUACCAGCCCAUUGUUCACCAAGCCGGGAGUGCUGCACUACCCAGUGGCCCCCCUCGGGCUCCAGGCCCCCACUGAGACUCUUGGAGGCAGAAGCGCUUCAACCCUCAGUCCUGCAAGUCUGGCCAGUGGACCUGAAGCCAGGGGCCCAGCAAAAGGCUGUGCUGUGUGCUCAGCUGUGCUACCCUCACUCUCGGGCUGGGUCUUAACCUGUACGGCAGUGAGUUCUGUAGGGGCUGGGCACUUCCCUUGUGACUCCAGUACUGCACUUUGUCCCCGUACUCAGCAGCAUUUCCUGAAGGGUCACCAAGGAUCAGCUGAGGGCUUGGGAAAAUACUUCCAGCUUUAACCUACACAGGGGCACCUAGGCCUCUCUCCUAGAGCCCCGGGGGAUAAAAGGAGAAAGCCCUCUUCCCUGUUUCUCCUUUCCUUGUUGCAUGCGCAACUCUAGAGUGUUCAGGCUUCAGGGGCCCUGGACCCCCGCCCACCUGGGAUCACCUGCACCCUGGUGAUAAGGGUAGGAAUGGUGCCCCGCUGCUGUCCUUCCCUUGGCUCCUUCCAGUCUAGGAUGCUGUGGUGGGCGGAAGAGCAGACUGUCUCUGCACUGGCCCCGUGACCCCUAGAGAAGAGUGUGCCAACCACCUCUGCUGGGCUUUUUUGGCAGAGGGCAGGAAGUAUGAUCCUCACAGACCAUUUGUCCAGUUCACUGCAGUUUCUUCUCAGUCCCUGGGAAGGGAAUGCUGGGGCCUCCUCUUUGUACAUGUACUGCUUCCCUUUCUCUUGUAUAUAAACCCCAGACCUUCCCUCUCUCAACAAAAGCUUGAAGCACCAGGCUGUCUCCUCUUUCUGGACUUGGUUGUGGGGGGGAUAUGGGGGAUGUGGGGGUUGGUUGGUCACAUCCCCUUGGGGUAAAAGCAGCUCAGAAGCCUGGGGAAAGGAAGAGCUGGAUGGGUGGUCUCUGACGACACAAAGGGAGGCAGGCCUACGUGAGACACUAGCGCCCUCUCCUGGACAUCUGCCUGUUCAGGCCCCAGCCUGCCCCAGUAAGUAGCAAAUGAAAACAAAAAUCACUGACCGU